ACACACAAAUCCCUGAAAAACAUCCCAAAACUCCGCCAUGGCGGCUUGCGCAUUUCACAGCAAAGACAAGAAACGUUGCCCAGCAAAUUGCAUAUUCAGAGACGUUUUUCCGCAAUCUGAUGAGAAUGCUCUAAAGGUGCGUGAUUUUUUCAAGCUUGAAAAUCUAAUCGGCUUUGCGAAGAGCUUGAGUGGUGUAGAGCGAGAUGAAGACCUGGUACCCACGCCGGUCAUUAAUGCCUUUCUACGGGAAAGUCACGAAUUCGUGCAAGAUAUCACUACCCGUUCUGGAAGGCCAUAUGCAAGAAUAGAGGCUGUGCUGGAAAAUCUGAGAAAAGCCCGAAGCUAUCUCCCUGGAAAGCCAGCCCUUGCAGAUGCUCUGGUGGACAUGUCCAUUCAGAUCCUGGAUAAAAAAAUGGAAGUCCCUAAUUGUUUGGCGGUGGUUGAGGAGUUUAAUCUUGCGCUAGAGAAAGAAACAGCCGAGCAAGAAGAAGCAGCCGAGCAAGAUGAAGCAGCCAAGCAAGAACUUGUGGCCAAAGAAGCUGCCGAGAAAGAAGUUGAGGCCAAAGAAGUAGCCGACCAAGAAGUUGCAACCGACGAAUCGGCGGGCGAAGAACCCGAUGACUGAUGUUCGACAUCGAUUUUUACCUAUUCAAUCUUGAAAAUGUUUCUGAGAUGUUAAGGUAUUUUCAGGUUUUGCAUCUAGUUUGAGUUCUUUUGCCACUUUUACUGUGCAAUCAAAUCAUGCAUCGAAUUCUGUUCUUUUGUUGGUAGUCUCUCAAUCUUUCAAGUUGCUUCCAUCGUCCUUUGUCAUUCCCCUGUUCUGUUGUUUUACAGAGAAUCCAGUGCAAUUUUGGUCUAAUGGUUAGAUCAAAAUAUUAAGUGGCCAAUUUUGCAUUACUUGAUUCUUGAGGAUAAGUGCAUUAACUUUCUAACUCGUGGUAUGCAUUGGGUCUACUAAGUUUGUUUAAUUGAGCAGGGAGAUCCCCACUUACGUAACUUGCACCCACAUUUUCUUCCUUAGAUUAGACAUGUUAUUUUGGGGUUCUUAUUUCUUCAUUGUUGUCUCCUCUCUAGUAAA